AUGUCAGAUAAAAUAAUUUUAUAUGGUGAUUUAAUAUCACAACCCGUUCGUGCUGUUUAUUGGUUUUUAGUUUUUAAUAAAAUAGAUUUUGAACUCCAUGAAAUUUUACUUGGAAAAAAAGAAGCUAGAACAGAAGAAUCCAAAAAAAUAAAUCCAUUACAAAAAAUGCCAGCAUUGAAAUAUAAAGGCGAAAUUUAUAUUGAGUCACAUAAUAUUUUAAGAUUUUUAUCACAAGAAUUUAAUUUAAACCAAUAUUAUGGUGAAACAUUAUUAGAAAAAACUAAAGUUGAUACAUAUUUAGAUUGGAUGCAUUUAGGAAUUAGAGCUUAUUCACAAUCAUUAUUUGCUCAAAAAUAUUUAAUGCCAAAAUUUGGUACUGAUUUAUAUAAUGAUAAAAAUUUAAAUGCUGAAGAAGGUGUACCAAUUGGUUUAAAACAAAUUGAAAAUGUUUUUUUAAAAAAUGGUAAAAACAAAUAUAUUGUUGGUGAUCGUUUAACAAUUGCUGAUUUUUCAUGUUAUUCUGAACUUAAACAAUUAGAAGGAAUAAAAUAUGAUUUUUCACCAUAUAAAGCAAUUGAAAAUUGGAAAAAACAAAUGGAAUCAUUAGAUGGAUAUAAAGAAGCAAAUGUAAAAAUUAAUCAACUUGCAUCACAACAAUAA